CGCGGUACAGUGGUUCUUGUUUCUCACUGAGCACAAGACCAGUGUCACUCAUCAUCAGAAAAUCAAACAAGGAUACACAAUGGUGCGUUUUCUGGACGGCACACGGUCCAAAAUGUUUAUUUUAUUACCUUUUCUCUCCACAUUUCUGCUCGUGAAGAGUCAGGGUAAUUCCAUGAAUAAUGUCGAAACAGAGAGACAGGCUGAGGAAAGCCACCGACAGGACAGUGCCAACUUGCUCAUAUUUAUAAUGCUGCUAACACUAACUAUUUUAACGAUAUGGCUCUUCAAGCACCGAAGAUUUAGGUUUCUACACGAGACUGGACUCGCUAUGAUCUACGGUUUGUUGGUGGGUGUGAUCCUGAGGUUUGGUGUACAUGUUCCACAAAGUACGAGCGAUGUGGUGUUGAGCUGCGCUGUAAAUGCCAGUCCUGCCACUCUGCUGGUCAAUGUGAGUGGGCGCUUCUACGAAUACACUCUUAAAGGAGAGGUCAGCCGUGCUAAAGGUCACCAGGUUCAGGAUGAUGAGAUGCUCCGAAAGGUAACAUUUGACCCUGAAGUAUUUUUCAACAUUUUACUACCACCAAUCAUCUUCCAUGCAGGUUACAGCUUGAAAAGGAGACAUUUUUUCAGAAACAUUGGGUCUAUCUUGGCCUAUGCCUUCAUGGGAACAGUUAUCUCCUGUUUUGUGAUUGGGCUGAUCAUGUAUGGGUUUGUGUCCUUCAUGAAAGUAGUGGGACAGCUUGGAGGAGAUUUCUACUUCACUGACUGCCUCUUUUUUGGUGCUAUCGUUUCUGCAACAGACCCAGUGACAGUUCUGGCCAUUUUUAACGAGCUGAAGGUGGAUGUGGACCUGUACGCUCUGCUGUUUGGGGAGAGCGUCCUCAACGAUGCAGUGGCAAUCGUCUUGUCUUCGUCUAUUGUUGCGUACCAGCCGGCAGGCGAUAACAGCCACAGUUUCGAGGCGAUGGCCAUGCUCAAGUCCUUUGGGGUUUUUCUGGGAGUUUUCAGUGGAUCCUUUGCUCUCGGAGUGGCUACUGGAGUUGUAACUGCAUUUGUCACUAAGUUUACAAAGCUGAGGGACUUUCCCCUUCUGGAGACCGCCCUCUUCUUCCUCAUGUCCUGGAGCACCUUCCUAUUGGCCGAGGCCUGUGGAUUUACAGGAGUGGUGGCGGUGCUGUUCUGUGGCAUCACUCAAGCUCACUACACCUACAACAACCUCUCCCCAGAGUCACAGGACCGGACCAAACAGUUGUUUGAGCUGCUGAACUUCCUGGCUGAGAACUUCAUCUUCUCAUACAUGGGGCUGACCUUGUUCUCCUUCCAGUCUCAUGUCUUCAACCCUCUGUUCAUCAUCGGAGCAUUUUUGGCCGUGUUUUUGGGAAGAGCAGCCAACAUCUACCCUCUGUCCUUCCUGUUGAACCUGGGACGAAGGAACAAAAUCGGAUACAAUUUACAACAUGUGAUGAUGUUUGCAGGUCUACGUGGGGCGAUGACCUUUGCCCUCUCAAUUCGGGACACGGCGACAUACGCGCGUCAGAUGAUGUUUUCGACCACACUCCUCAUCGUCUUCUUCACCGUGUGGGUCUGUGGAGGUGGGACCAUGCCAAUGCUGUCUUUCAUGAGCAUACCGGUGGGCGUGGAUUCAGAUCAAGAAAACACAAGUGCCACAAUGUUGGAUGGAUCCCAAAGAAGAAACACAAAACAUGAAAGUGCCUGGCCGUUCAGGAUCUGGUACAACUUCGAUCGCAAUUAUCUAAAGCCGCUGCUGACCCACAGUGGACCUCCACUGACGGCAACGCUGCCCUCUUGCUGUGGCCCCCUCGCACGCUGUCUCACCAGCCCACAGGCCUACGAGAACGAGGGCCAACUCCAUGACGACGACGACUUCAUUUUGAACGAUGCCAGCGUCAGUUCGAUGUACGCGGAUGUGACGGUGAGCACUGACGCCUCCGGGUCUCGAACCGUCAACCGCAAACGCUCCAGCACCGGGGCGGGCCUCCCUGACGACGGCUUCGACAACGAACUGGCCCUGUCCGAAAACGAGGUGGCCAUCAGGGGAACACGCCUGGUUCUGCCCAUGGACGACCCGCUGGACGCCCCAACAACAGUCACGCUGCCCCCUCCGCCCUCCCCACCCAAAUCAGACCCACGCAGGCACAGACUGUAGAGGUGACACUAAUCUGUUUUUUAUUUAAGUGUAUUCAUUUCAUGCAGGGGUCUCAAACUUGCGGCUCACGGGUGAAAUUUCUAUUAAUAGUGGCCCCAGGAUAAAAUGUAUAAAGCAGCACGACAGAAUGAACAGUGUCUGUACAGGGACUUUAAAACUUGACCCAACUUUAAAAACCAAGAAACAGACAGAAACAGCGUGAGAAUAGAAGCUUCAAAAACGGGUGGGAGUGACUGUGAAAGGAGAGGAGCCGUCUCAUAAAGGAGAGGCUAAAGUAUUAUUGUUUUAUACAUUGCGUGUACUUAACAUCUACUCUAACAUUAAUGGUUUGAUGACAAGUGUUUUUACAGAACUUUAUCCUGAGGCUCUGGUAGAAAAUAUGACAAACUGAAAACAAGACAGAGACACUUGAAGGAUUUAGAAAUAAUGAUUAAAAGCCUGUAAUAAUAAAAGUGAUAUUAAUGAUUUAAUUCAUGUUUCUUAACCCCAUGAGGGCCUCUGUCUGCAUUAUAUUUACAAUAAUAUAGUGAACUACUGUAUCUUAUUUUUAUAAUAUAUAAUAAUAAUUGUAACUCACCAAAUAAAUAUAAUAUAAAUAAUAAAAUCUGCGGCCCCCGGUCAACAGUGAUGUUAUAAUUUCGGCCCCUGCUCCAGUUGAGUCUGAGACCCCUGAUUUAAUGUGAGUUUUAAUUUAUUUGUUAUUCCAUGUUUUAGGUCACACGAUAUGUCAGUAACUUCUAUGAUUAACAUGAGGUGACUUUGUAUUGUCUGUUUUUACCAGGUUGACCAGGUACAGCUCAUCUCAUCAAUUUUCACAUUUUUUUUACUGUCCCUCAAACAAUCCAACAUUUAAAUUUAAGUUUAUUAUGAUGUUAAUGAUUCACUAUGUAAUUUUUCUGGUGAAGGGUCCACCACUUUUUGUCUCCAUGAAGAUUGCUUUGCCUGGAAUGUUCCUCAGUGUGGCAUUAAACAAAUCUAUCUCGCAUUUACUCAGUUGCAGGUAAUUUUUUUGAACAAUGCUUUGUAAAACAUACAUCCAUGCUGUGAACGGGCUUGCCUCUCCACAGAUGUACUGUAACUCGGCCUGGUGGAGUCAGCCGCUUGUCUCCGUGGAGACCUGUGCCACGACAAACUGCAGUGAACAAUAAUAUGUCCAUGGAGAGGGAGGUAGUGGACCCUCCAACUACAACAGUCCACCUUUAAUGUCACUAAACGGGUCUUUUAAAUAGACACUUUAAGAAUACGUUUUUCAAGGUAAUGGUACUUUUUCAUGAUUCGAUUUUAAGAUUAUGUAGGUACAUUUAUUCCUUUGUCAAGAAACACAGAAUAAUACUUUUCAAAAACUGUAGUUGUGCUAAGUUUGCGGGUCAGUACGUCCUUCCAGGGCAUCAUACUCUGCCUGAGCUAAAGAGAAAUAUACAUAAAUCUAUACUGAGCCUAGCAUUAGCGCUAUUACUUAUAGUACAUCAUGAUUCUGGAAAGAGGUGGGUAGUACUCUUCAUUACAUACUCAAGUGCAAUUGUGUAUUUGUGUUUUAAGAGUAUAUUUCUGAAAGAGUUUGACAUCAUACUUUCACUUCACUUGAGUAAUAGAUUUUACAAUGUAACAAUCAUUUUAUAAACUAACUACUAAGUUUUGUUCACUUUUCCCACAUGUUUUCAGACAAGAUGUACAAUUUAAAAUAAUUUGAACAUGAGAUUGGCUUAGUUUUGAAAGUUACUCUGCUACUUUAGUCAUUUAGUAGUUUCCCCCAAACACUUUUUAUUUAAGUUUACUUAAUAAUAAUAUUACUUUGAAGUGACACUGACCUUUGAUUCUGUCAACCCUUUACAUAUAAAAUAAGGUACUCUGGAUCAAAGCACUUUAGUAAAUAUUUCUGAUAUGCACAUUUUACUUUACUUUUACAUUUUAAGCAUUGUAUCAAUAUAAAAGCAACUGAGUUUAGUUCAAAAUGGUACAAUUAUGUGGGAGGUACUUAAAGUGUGUAUGACAGGUUCUGAUGAUUCAUUUUUACUUCAGUUGGUAGAAAAAUAUAGAAUAAUAUAGAAUAAAAUCUGUUGUAAAUGUGAAAGAUAAUUUUACGAGUUUGUGAAGAAAAGUUAAAAAGUAUGUUGAAAAUGACCGUAGAUCGUUCUAAACAUAUCAGUAACAUCGAACUAGAAUACUAUCCAAAAGUUUGGCACAUUUUACUUGGAGGAAACACGUUUUUUUCUGAUACUUUAAACACUGUUUCAACAAAAUAAAGGUGUUUUCUUGUAUUUUUAUUUGUCAAAUAAUAAACUCUGUGCAUCAGAGGCGUUUUGACCCACUGUACAACAUGUUUGCUCAGUAAUACUUAUGGUAUUCUCUAACAUGAUGUAAUGAUUUCCAACCACAAAGUAAAAUUUGACGCUUAAAAAAACUGCUAAACUGGAGGAAAAUGUUUAUAUAAUGACGUGUGUGUGUUUUAGUCAAAUGUGAGGUCCAACCUGUCAUAGUCACUUUAACACACUGGUCACAUGUCCUCAGCUGACUCUUUGUGUGAAAAUGAUCAAAUAUAUCUCUGGAUAAUACAUGUUUAAUAUAAUACUGUAUGAAGAGACACUGUAAACGUAUCCAUCGUCAAAACACUGCCUUUUAUCGCUGAUCUAUUUAUGAACCAUCUUUUUAUUUAUUGUUGUGUGACAUUAAUAAUAGUAACUGAGAGGAUUUGGUGUAUUUUUGUUUUAAUUUGCACUUUUUAUCAAAUAACUUUAACUUUUAAAGAAAACAGGACACUGCUGAUCAUUUUGUGCAUGUUAAAAUAUUGUAGCAUUUAUUCAUUUAUAGACUGAACUUGGAAAAUAGCGCUUCCUUGUCUGUAAAUUGUAAAAGUGUGUGUGGCUACAGUGAAUUAUCCAGAUUUCAAAUGUUGAGAAGGGAUAUUCAUUUUAAAAUUUCAGUUUAAAAUGAAAAAAAGUUUACUGCCAUGGCUUGGAGACCGAAGGACUGGCUGAACUGUUUUAAAUGAAGUGCCUAUAUUCAGAAAUUGUUUUCCUGUUGUAGAUUUGUAAAUAUUUAAUUUGUGCAGUAAAUUUGUUCAGUUUUAUACAAUGUAAUCCCUCACGUUAUGUUUUAUUGUUGGUCAGUAUAAGAUUUCAAGCCAAAUUACUAUUUAUUUGCUGUAUUUGUUGGAUUUUCUGCAUUUUCAACAAGACAAAAACAAGAAAAUUGAGAUUAAAUGCAUGGGCUUAGUACAGUUUUCAGCCAUUAUGUUUAUAAAUGUACAUAGACAAAACAGAAAGAGCAAAAUGUGACGAGUGUACAGAGUAGUAACAAUAUGGAAAAGACAAAUCUUCAGAUGUUUGGUUUCCUGUCUGUGAGACCUGCUGCAACGGUGUGUCUGUGAAUGUUUUUAAAAUAACUUUUGUUUGAGGGAAAACGACACUAUAUUGUACAAAUGUCUUCCCUUUGUGGUAUUAACAGCGUCUCCGAUGACUCAAAGUUCAGAGUGUGUUGGAAAAUAAAACACCUUUUCAAAUGAAGAA